UACUGGGAGGUUCCUGGGAGGCCCUGGGGGGUCCAUACUGGUCCGUGCUGGUUUGUACUGGUCUGUACUGGUCCGUGCUGGUCUGUACUGGUCCGUACUGGUCCAUGCUGGUCCGUACUGGUCCGUACUGGUGUCCCCAGCGCUGAUGUUCCUGCUGGCCCUGCUGGACUCGCUGUUCGUGUCCCACGCCUACCACAGCAUCCUCACCCGCGGCGCCUCCGUCCAGCUCGUCUUCGGCUUCGAGUACGCCAUCCUGCUGACCAUGGUUCUGACCAUCUUCAUCAAGUACGUGCUGCACUCCAUCGACCUGCAGAACGAGAACCCCUGGGACAACAAGGCCGUGUUCAUGCUCUACACCGAGCUCUUCACCGGUACCGGGACCCUCCUCACCCUCAGCUCACCCGCCUUGGGCUCCUGGGGGGGUCCCUGCCCCCCCCCAAACCUCGUCAGGGGCCUCAAUUAACCCCCGGCUAACGAGGGCUCCUCGGGGCGCUCGGAUCCCGGCCCAGGAUCCGGGUGUUCCCGGGGGGGUGGAGGCACCACCAGGGGCUUUCCCGGCUCCGGGA